AUGCCACGCCGCUGCCAUACCAAGUCCAGGCGGGGCUGCGUCCAAUGUAAAGAACGACAUGUCAAGUGUGAUGAGCAAACGCCAACAUGCAGUCUCUGCAUUCGCCGCGGACUAGAAUGCAUGUACGUAGCACCCAGACCUAGAAGAAGGCCCGUAUCAACAAGCACGAGUUCGCCCAAAAAUGCAAGAUCCGACAGAUCCUCGUCGCAAUCCAGCAUCUCUCACUCCGACGAUUUUAUACGACUUCCGCGCCUACAAGAGAUGCAACUCUUUUACAAGGCAUGCGAGUCGACUCUCCCAUCAAUAGCUAAAGACGACGAAGAUCGGCGCUUCUGGAAUGAGAAAAUUCCCCAGUUUGCUGUUUCUCACGACUAUGUCAUGGACAGUCUACUUGCCGUGUCUGCUCUCCAUCUGGCAUCGGAACAAAUUGAUGCAGAUGAGAUUCCUACAUGGCUGGAGACGGCGUUGACGUACCAAACACAUGCGACUGCUGGACUACGACAUGAGCUGGUUACCAAUCCGCAGAAUAUCGAGGCUUCGUUCAUGUGCUCGGCCAUUAUCCUCAUCUUGGUGACUGCCUACCCGGGUGUUUGUCGAGAUGAGACCCCCGUUGAUCCGCUCUACGAGAUCAUGACACUUCGGUCGAUUCUCAGUGGAGCUGCGUUCUUAUGGAUGCAGAUGUUCCAUGGCACUGAGCGGGCUUGGCUUGAUGCCUGGAUUUACCAAGAUGGGAAUAAUAGACUUGCCAUUGCGAGAGCCAAGUACGUGCCUUCUUCCCAUAACUUUCUCGAUUCGCUCAACUUGAUCUCGAAGCUUACCAUCAAAUCUAAUAACAGUGAAGAUCCAAAUAUAGUGAAGCUCCACAUGACUAUUCUACAAAAAUUCCAUACCUUGCGCCCAUUUAUCGAGGCUACCCCAGGAAUACAUCGGAAUAUCUACCGAGACACAUAUAAGCUAUUGCUCCAAAGCCUAGAAUGCUGGCCAUCCGGGCAAGGAAGCCUGAUCUGGCCUAUCAGAGUUAGCGAUGAGUUCAUGAGCCUAGUAAAACAAGGCGAAUGGAUGGCACUUAUCUUCGUUUUGUUCCACGGCCUGGACAAGCAUCUAUCGUCAAGAAAAUGGUUCGCCCGAGAGUCAGGGAGGCGAUUGGUUCACGGAGUGAUCCAAAACUUUGCUGGAACUUUCCCUCCGGAGUGGGUGGGUUUGGUUGAAUGGGUCAGACAUGCCGUUGAGGUCUGA